AUGGCAUCUCGUGACUUAGGAACAAGCUAUUCUGAGCCUGAGUACGCCAAGUCUCAAGAUAGGGCCAGGGCUCCCUUCUACCAUCCCAAUAUUGAUCAUCGCCUGAUUCCAGAGCGCGAUCAAGCCUGGGAUAUCCGUGCAUACCCCUGCAUUGGACUUGGCUCGUGGCUUACCCCUCAGCUAUGUCGAUUACCCAUCUACGGUGACAUCUUAAAACGCAUUAAGGACGGCGGCGUACUUAUGGAUGUAGGCACUUUCGUUGGUCAUGAUCUCCGCCGACUGGUCUACGACGGUGCGCCAUCGGACAAGCUCUACGGUGUUGACAUCGUCAAUCACUUCGACGUAGGUUACAACCUGUUCCGCGACCGUGACCGUUUCAAGGGCAAAUUCAUCAAGGCAGACUUGCUAUCCACCACAUCUCCCGAUCUCAUGGCGCUCAAAGGUCAGGUCGAUAUUGUCCUCGUCUCUCAAGUCCUACACCAAUGGAACUGGGAUGGGCAGCUCAAAGCAGCGCAGGCUCUGAGCACAUUCACAAAACCAGGUUCGUGGAUCGUGGGCAACCAGAUCGGCAACCCCGAAGCACGAGAGAUCUUUUUCGAAGCGGUUCAGCUGCCGUUGUAUCGCCACAACACCGAUAGUAUCGGCCGGAUGUUCGAAGCGGUUGGCGAAGCAACCGGGACCCGGUGGGAGACGCAGGCUUGGAUGCGCACCUUUGAAGAUAUGGGCUGGGACGCAAAGGACGGGACAUGGAUGGAGCCUAAUGUUGGAAUAGUUGAGUUUGUGAUUAGGCGACUGUCAUAA